AAAACCCCCCCCUCCAUUCUGCGGCGGGCGGCGGCGCACCUCCCGUCCACGACCACGAGAGAGGAGGGCUGCGCGCGACACGGUACCGAGGUCCUCCACCGCCUCCCUCCCGUGCCCACCCCACCGAUUUCCCUGAUCGCGGAUCCGUGGCGUCGUUGAUCGAUCCUGCGCGGCGGCUUCGCGAUCCGGCCCUAGCUAGCCAUGGCUCCGAAGCGUUCUAGAGAGAUGCUGGCCUCAAAGUCGGCUAUGCGAUUGCGAAGCUCCGGCAGGUGCCUUCCUGCCAUCGCCGAGGACAGGCUGAGCUCGCUGCAGGACUGCAUCCUCCACUGCAUCAUGUCGUUCCUCACGGCGCGGCAAGCCGUGCGGACGUGCGUGCUGUCGCGGAGGUGGAGCAACCUCUGGCGCUCUAUGCCCUGCCUCGACAUCGAUCAGCGGGAGUUCGACGCGGCGGCACCGGGGGCUUCUAGAUAUAGGUUCGUGGAAUUCGUCGAUAGGCUGCUGAUGCUCCACGACGCAUCGUCACUGGACAAGUUCCGGUGUCAUGUCAAUCACGGAUGCGAGUUUAAAGUCGUCGACCCAUGGAUCCGCCAUGGCAUCAGGUGCAGCCCUGCGGUGAUGGAGGUCUCGUCGUCUUCCAGGCGGAGCCAUGUUGAUUCCUGGGUAUUCCCAGGAAUACCCAACUUUUUCUAGCAAAAGUUUAGUGUAUAUCAAGUAAAACCAUGAGUAUAAAUUAUUUUGGGCCAAAUA